UGGACGAUGCACAGCGGCAAGCGACAAGCGACAAGCGACAAGCGACAAGCGACAAGCGACAAGCGACAAGCGACAAGCGACAAGCGGCAAGCGACAAGCGGACUGUAGCAAGUCGUCUCUUGCAUUCGCUACUCGCUCCUUCAAUAUUACAAACAUUCAUAAAAUUAUUCAGUUAACAAGUACAAUUGAUCGAUUUUUUGCAUUUAAUUACAGAUAAAAAACAAAAUAACACUGACAGUGUCGAUAUUUUCUUAUCGGGAGCCGAGCCGUGUUGGAAAAAACAAAAAUAAGUAUUAUCCGAGACUCCGUGUGCACUGUGCUGCGCUAGUUCACAGAGCGCGUCACAAUGAGCGGCACGCCCGGCGCUGAGGCAGGCGGGGCGCAGGUAGACGCGGCGCUGGCGCGGCUAGGCUCCUGUGGCCCGCACCACAUGCUCACGCUGAGCCUGCUGGCGCUCGUCUACGCCACCAACGCCGUCUACAACGUGAACUAUGUGUUCGCCGUCGAGGAGGUAGGCUACAGAUGUGCGGCAACGGAGUGCGCGGCGCCAGCGGAAGGAUGGCGCAACGGGACAAGCCUGUUGCGGGCGGGCCCCGAGCGCCAGUGCCGCUGCGCACACCCCAGCACGGGCCGUGACCACGCCUGCACACACUUCAUCUACGACAACCCGCACAGCUUCGUCGCUGAGUUCUCAUUGGCGUGCGAGGAGUGGAAGCCGCCGCUGGUGGGCACGGCGCACAUGCUCGGCAACAUGGUCGGUCUGCUGCUGCAGGGACAAAUCUCCGACAGGUUCGGGCGCAAGGCGGCGGCCGUGGGCGCAGGCGGCGUGGGCGCGGCGUUGGGCCUGGCCAAGAGCUGGGCACCCUCCUUUUGGCCGUACGUCGCGCUGGAGGGGCUCGAGGCCGCCUUAGGGGACGCGUUCUCGCCCAUUUUCAUGUUGAGUAUAGAAAUGGUAGAGAAGAGACGUGCGGUAUUGUACCAGAUGAUCUUGCUGAACUGCUACACGGGUGGGCUGGUUGCGCUGCCGUUCGUGGCGCGCGCAGUGCCCUACUGGCGCAGCUUUCUGCGCCUACUCUACGCCCCCACGCUCCUCAUACUCACCUACUCCUUCUUUCUGGACGAAAGCAUACGAUGGUUGUUCAGUAAGGGAAAGCGCGAGGAGGCGAUCAAGUUGAUACAAAAAAUUGCCAGAAGAAACAACGUGAAGGUGGACGACGCGCUUUUAACUAAAUUGGAAUACGGCAACGACGACUCGGCGCCGCAGAUGAGCGAUAGGCGGCUUCUGAUAAAGACUUUCAGGUCGAAGAUAAUGUUGCAACGGUUUGCAGUGUGCACGGCGUGGUGGUUUACCAUCACGCUCAUCAACUACGGCAUGAUGAUCAGCGCGGUGCUCAUCGACGGUGACAAGUACCUCAACUUUGCUUUGCUAAUGCUGAUGGACGUGCCGGCCAACCUGCUGUGCUGGCUGGCGCUCGCACGCUGUCGCCGCCGACUGCCGCUGAUUAUCUCCUUCACCCUGGGCGGCUUGUUCUGUAUAUUGCACUCUGUUCUUCUAAACGGCGGUGACGGGGAAGACGGCGCGGGCGCGGGGUACGCGUGGGCGGGGCUGGCGUUGUUCAUGGCAUUCGAAACCCUGGCCACGUUCUCCUACAACAUCGUGUACACCUACACCUCGGAGCUGUUCCCCACGUACACGCGCAACUCGCUGCACGCGCUGUGUGCCUCCGCCGGACGUCUGGGCGCGCUACUGGCGCCGCAGAUGCCCUUGCUCAUGACGUACUGGUCCGGUCUGCCGGCUAUGAUUUUCGGGGUGACGUCGCUUGCGUCGGGCGCUCUAACGUUGCUAAUGCCAGAGACGGCUGGCACCCGGCUGCCCGACACCAUCAGGGAGGCUGAGAAUAUCGGCAAGAACUGCCCUGUCGAGCAGGAGGAGCAGGAGCUAAAGGCGUCCGGCUCCCCGGAUUCGGCGGCGAGAAAAGCGUGACGGCGCGCACUCUACCGCUGCCGCCUUCACAGACAAAGAACCAAUCAACGUCAGCGAGGCUCACGCGGACAACACGAACAGGCGCACAGGACAUAGUUUGAUAACCAGGACGAUGUAACUGUUACAAAGUAGCCGGUCGUCGCCUGUGACGUCACGCGCACUGCUCGCAUUGCAAAGCAGCGAGCGCACUGGGUAUCAUUGUACCGGCUCGCAACUCAUCUCAAUUUGUACCUGCUUAGGGUACGGUUACGAUUUGUGUUUCGAUCCGCGAGCCGCGAGCUACUAGAUACCGGGUAGUAUAAGAUGUAAAGUACGCGGUCUGUUGUAAUGAGCAGCGAGCGUGUAAGUUUUCGUACCGUCGCAUCGCUAGAACCUUUAAUACCCAGUUUUGUCUCUCGAUAUCUAACGCGCUAACCAAACUCUAAAUAUAUAUAUAUAUGUGCUUAUCAAAGCUGCCCACUCUUGUAAGAUGCUGAUUUAUAAAAAACCGCAAUGCGAGUCUGCCCUGCCCCAUCCUCUUUUUCUGGAUCGAUCUGUUCGUCUGUACGUUUAUUGAAAGUUGGCAACUCUAUUAUUUAACUCGUCGUCUCUUCUCUGCUACCGUCGUCAUCGUUUAAACAACGGUUCACGAUAUUUAUGUCAUUAAUUCGAUUCGCACGUGAAGGCAUGCCGAAGCGAUCGCCCGCAUCGCGCGACACGUUCGCGAACAUGCUCAAACGACCCGAGACCACGAGCACUGCGAUGUUUCAAGUUUAACGACAUUAUAGUGUCGAUAUUAGGAAUCCGGUUCGCGUCGGGCGCCGCGACUCUCAUCAAAACUUGCGCAGUCUACUCGUUAUAUAUUUCCGAUACGUAAUAAUUAUGUGCACUUAAUAUAUAGUUACCGUUG